AUGGUGUACCUUCCCAAGUUCGCAGCACUAAAAUCGAAGUACAACAACAAGUACUUAUGCUAUGUGAAUGAAAAAUCUUCAACAGUCCGUACAUUUCUACGAUACUCGGGAGACGAAAUUCUUACGCCAUUUACAAAGUUGGAGUUCGAACAAGCUCAAUCUGAUCCAUCUUCGUACCAUAUAAAGUGUUGUUACAACAACAAAUAUUUGGUUAGUGCUUCUUCAGAUCAUCAUUAUAUUGUUGCAGGAGCUGAUCAAAAACAAGAAGACAAAUCCAAAUGGACAUGCACUUUGUUUCGUCCAGCAUAUGACAACUAUCAUCAAUCAUUUCAAUUCUCUCAUGUGUUUCUUGGUUCUCAUGUUGUGUUGUGGAGAUCCACUGCUCCUUAUGGAGAAUGCUUACGAGCACAAUCAUCAGAUCCUACUACAGAUCAUCUUAGUGAUCUCAACAUGGUUAUUAACAUGGAGUCUUUGAUUUCAUUACCAAAAUUUCUUGCUUUUACAGGUGACAAUGGUCUUUAUCUUCGUGAAAUCAUGAGAGGCAAUAAUAAUAUUCCACACUUGCAAUUUGGAUCAAGCUCUCUUGAUGAUUCCACCAUUCAAAUGGAGACUUUCAUAACAAAAGAUGGAAAUACACGUAUAAAGUCAAGUCACUUGGGGAGAUUUUGGAGACGUGAACAUACUUCUAACUAUAUUGUUGUUGAUUAUUCUACUAAUAACAACAAUAAUACUCAAAGCAUUAUCGAUACUUUGUUUUCUCCAACUCAAAUUAGUUCCAAUGUUGUUGCUCUACGUAACUUGGGCAAUGGAAAAUUUGUGAAAAGAUACAACUUCGCGAACGACCUAAAUUUUCUAUUUGCUGAAAGAAAUGAAAUUGAUGCAUUUGCGCGUUUACGGAUGACCGAGCUCGUUCGUUCACGAGAAAUCUUCGAUGUCUCAUUUCAUCUCUCUGAUGCGAAGAUUUAUAAUCAAAGUGUUGUGGUGUUAGCAACUAAAUCAGCUACAAAUGGGACAGGAGAACCCACCAAUGUAAGACUAAAUAUCCCAUACACACACACUACAUAUCGUACAUGGACUUCUUCAAUCUCAAAAAAACUAGUGGAAGUGAAAACAAGAAUCAAAUCAGGAGUUCCUUUAAUCUUGGAUGGAAAUGCAAUUAGUACAACAUGUAAGUUUUUUGGUGAAUACAAAUGGGGAGAAACUACAUCAAAAUCAGAAAAUACAAAUGGAAUAACACAUGAGCUAACUGUACCAGCAAUGAGCAGUAUUAUUGGUACUUUGUAUGCAACUAAGGGAUCAUGUGACAUUCCCUUUUCAUACAAACAAUCUGAUAUCCUCUUAGCAGGGAACAAUAAUCAAGUUGAAUUUUCCUUAGAUGAUGGUGUUUAUCAUGGCACCAACUACUACAACUUCCACUACGACGUUAAAAUUGUACCAAUUAGUACUUCCAUAUAA